GUACAAGAAUGGCAAGAUCAUUAAUCCAUCACUGCUGCUGUUUCUUCUUCUUCAGCGGGCUCCUUCUCUUCUUUCAUUUUUCUCCAUCUCAGGCACAGGUCGUCCCAGCCCUGUUUGUGUUUGGGGACUCUAAUGUCGACAACGGAAAUAAUGCCAUUCUGCUUCCCAAUGAAACAACCACUCGUUUUCUUCCCUAUGGAUUUGAUUUCCCAACUGGUCCUACUGGUAGAUUUACAAAUGGAAUGAAUCCAGGCGAUGUGCUUGCCAGGCUUUUGGAUCUUCCUCGUUUCCUUCCUGCCGUUCUCGACCCCAAGACCAAAGGCGAAAUGAUCUUGUAUGGAGUUAACUAUGCCUCUGCCGGCGCCGGGAUUCUUGAUUAUCCUAAUUCUGAAUUUAUAUCGAUGAACAACCAGAUCAAGCUGUUUGAGAAUACAACCGUUCCAGAGUUGAGUGCACUCCUUAACAAGACCCAGCUGUCCUUGCACCUGAAAAGGAGCAUUUUUGCGUUGAAUGCUGGAGGAAACGACUGUAUUGAACUGUGUCAGAGACCUAUCGGAGAGGAAGAAUGCGAAGACGAUCUCCAGCUCGUCAUGGGAAAUUACACUUUACAAAUCAAGAAGCUGUAUGGUUUAGGAGCCCGAAAGUUCGUGCUUUUUGGUGCGACACCACUUGGGUGCAACCCAGCUUACCUGCCUGGUAACAAUUACACAUGCAGGGAGGACUUGAAUUUUGGGGCUCAAUCAUUCAACAAGUUGCUCAGAUCUUUAGUGGACACGCUUAAGCAAGAUAUGCCAGCAGCCAACUUUGUGCAUGUCAAUGCCUACAAAAUUCUCUAUGAUAUCUAUAGGAAUCCUGCACCAGAGGGAUUUCGGGUGGUGGACAAGGCUUGUUGCGUUACAAACAGUACAGGUUCCGCAGCAGGGCUUGCAUGCGUAUCAGAGAGCACACCAUGCGAGAACAGGGAUGAAUACAUGUACUACGAUGGUGUACACUGCAGCACCGCGGCGUAUUUGAUCUUAGUGGGGAAGGCCUUUUACUCAGAGCAUCCGGAAGAAGUGUAUCCUUUUAAUAUUGCACACCUUGCUGCCGAUUCUGUUCCUGAAAACAGGGCAAUUUCUAACAUUCCUUUAUGAUAGGGAAUGCCUUCUUUAUCUUAUUGUUAGAAUAACUGAAACCUGUUGUGUUGCACUGUGAAGUUGGUUAGUUCAUUCCUUGG